UAUCUACUAAUGUGUUUGCUGUUUAUUUUUAUCCCAUUUACCUGAGCACUGCUAAUUCAUUAGGAAAGUGUCAGCACACUAAAUACCUAUCUCCUGUCUCAGCUUACAAAUCACAAAAUUCUUCGAAGAAUCCUUUUAUGGGUCAAAUAUCAACAAAAAAUUGCUUUCACGAUUCUUUCUGCAUAAAACUUAAAGAAAAGAAAUCAAAAACGCAUCCAAGGAGAAGAACAAUGUCUGUAUCAGUGCCUAAUGAAGAUGGUGCAAGAAUAUCGCGAACAGCUCCUCACAGAAAGCCAGUUAAAUUCUUUUAUUUUGAUGCAACAACAUUAGUCGAAGCAUUGGAAAGAGGUCGUAAAUUAUCAGGAGAUGGUCACUGUGUUGGCUGGCGAAGUUCCCCUUCGGAAUAUUCUUGGCUAAUUUACUCAGAAUUUAGAGAAAAAGCAAUCAAUUUUGGAUCAGGUCUAAUUAACAUAGGAGCGGAUCUUGGACAACUCAGUAAAGUAGGAAUUUAUGGCAAAAAUUCAGUAGAAUGGGUCAUAGCAAUGUAUGGUUGUCUGUACUAUUCUACACCAAUAGUUCCUCUUUACGAUACACUUGGUCCUGAUGCAAGUUCGUACAUGAUAAAUCAUGGUAAAAUUCAAUACAUUGUUUGUGAUGAUGAAAAGAAAGUUAAAAUCUUGUUGGACAAAAAAGAUGAUACACCAAGUUUAGAGGCCAUAAUAUGUACUGCCGAAUUGAGCGAUGAAGUCAAAUUACUUGGAGAAGAGAAGCACGUCAGCAUUCAUUCAUUUGAAAGUGUUUUGGAUCUAGGCAAAAAGAAUCCUUAUCCAAUAAAAAAACCACAUCCUGAAGAUAUGGUUGAAUUAUGUUAUACAAGCGGUACCACUGGCAAUCCUAAGGGUGUAAUAUUGACUCAUGAAAACUGGAUGGCAGCUGCAGGAGGAUUGUUAUCAGAAAUGGGGUCACUUGCGUUUACUAAAUCAGAUGUUUCAAUAUCUUAUUUGCCUUUAGCACAUUCUUUCGAGCAAAUUGUUCAAGUAAGUUCAUAAUUUUUUUCUUUGUUAACAUUUCCUGUUUUUAACCACUU